UAUUCUUUAUGAGGUUGACAGCUUAUUGUUUGAUGACGAUGCUCGAUAAACGUAAUCUCUGCUUCAAACAAAAGCUAUGUGUUGAUUUAGUGCUUAGUUAUAUUUCUUUAAACUUUUUCUAAAAAUUUUAGCAAGAAGAAAACUUUUGUAAUUGGUCUAUCAUGAAGUCAAUACGUAAGAAGUGCAGCUCACUACUCCGGAGAACCGCCGAUAGCAUAAGGAGCAUUGUGCGGCCGGGUGGGACGCCAGACACUUCAACCGAUGCGAGCUGCAGCGAUGUCGGCGACAGCAGCGUCACUCCGGAGAAGCUGGCGCCGGGCCUGCGCUGCGCUGGCGACGCGUCGGCCCACCCCAGCGGCGGCGGAGGCGGCGACGGCGACGUGCGGCGGAGGCGGCGGCAGCGGCGGAAGAAGGGGCGCACGCAGCGCCAGAUACGCUCGUACGCGCGAUACGUGCGCUCCCUCAUGCGCACCAUACACCCCAGGAGGCGCAUCUCCAAGGCCGCCAUCGCCGUCAUGGACUCCUUUCUGUCCGACAUGCAGGUGCGGCUGAGCGAGGAGGCGCGUCGGUUGUGUCGCAAGGCGGGCCGGCGCACGCUGAAGGCGUCGGACGUGUGCGCCGCGGUGCAGCUGCUCCUGCCAAAGGAGCUGGCUGUGCACGCGCGGCGCGAGGCGGAGGCCGCGCUGCAGCUGGCCGCCGCCAGCAGAGCCACGGCCGGCGACAAGGCGGGGGCGGCGGCGGCCGCCAGGACGCGCUCCCAGUCGCUGCCGCCCUCCUGACCUCCCGUUUUCCCUCUGUCUGUGUCUUACUGUUGUGCGUCUUGUUCUAAUAAAGAUAAGUAGAGUUAGGCAAUCA